AUGACUGGAAACAACCAAACUGUCAUCUCCCAGUUCCUUCUCUUGGGCCUGCCCAUCCCCCCAGAGCACCAGCACCUGUUCUAUGUCCUGUUCCUGGCCAUGUAACUCACCACCGUCCUGGGGAACCUCCUCAUCAUCAUCCUUAUUCUACUGGACCCCAAUCUCCACACACCCAUGUACUUGUUUCUCAGCAACUUGUCCUUCUCUGACCUCUGCUUCUCCUCUGUCACAAUGCCCAAAUUGCUACAAAACAUGCAAAGCCAGAACCCAUCUAUCCCAUAUGCAGGUUGUCUGACACAAAUGUACUUUUUAUUUUUUUUUGGAGUCAUGGAGAGUUUCCUUCUUACAGCCAUGGCCUAUGACCGUUAUGUGGCCAUCUGCUUCCCACUUCAUUACACCAGCAUCAUGAGCCCCAAACUCUGUGCUUGUUUAUUGCUGCCACUGUGGACGCUGGCCACAUUCAAUGCCAUGAUGCACACCCUGCUCAUGGCUAGACUGUCUUUUUGUGAGAACAAUGUGAUUCUCCACUUUAUCUGUGACAUAAUGGCUAUACUGAAGAUGGCCUGCUCAGAAACUAACAUUAAUGAGUUAGUGUUAUUUAUCAUGAGUGAUCUCAUUGGUAUUAUACCAUUCCUACUCAUUGUUAUGUCCUAUGUAAAGAUUGUUUUUUCUAUUCUCAAGGUUCAUUCUACCCAGACCAUCUACAAGCUCUUCUCCACCUGUGGUUCCCACCUGUCUGUGGUGUCUCUGUUAUAUGGCACAGUUAUUGGUGUAUACUUAUGUCCACCAGCUAAUAACUCUACUGUGAAGGAGACUGUCAUGGCUAUGAUGUACACAGUGGUGACACCCAUGAUGAACCCUUUCAUUUACAGCCUGAGGAACAGAGACAUAAAGGAGGCCCUGAUAAGAGUUUUCUACAAUAAGAAAAUCACUUUAUAA